GCUAGUUGUACAAUACAAUCACAGCAGUUUCAAUGGAAUUUUGAUCUCUUCGUCAUCAAUUGGCGACUUCCACUUCACCAUCCAUACCUACCUAACCUUAUAUGAGUACUUAAAAAUCAAGUAUGCGGAAAUUGUAAUGUGCUUUUAAGAUAUACCCACCGGGUUGGGAUUUAACUAUUUCUUAUUCAAUAUAUACUACAUACAACCUCAUAGUCCCUAAUACAUAGGUAUCCAUCACCAAAGAUGGAGUAUGAGCCUUUGGCCCCUAAACCCCAGCCGGUGUUCGGUCAAGGCUUUAAGUAUAAUGGUAGGCUUACCGUGAAAGGCAUACCUCGCGUGGAGCCUUCGGAGAUAAAGAGGCUCCUCUUCGAGCCGGAGGGGGCCAAUGAAGACCAACGCCGUGAAUGGCGUACAGAGACGUUCCGAGUAGUGACGAAAACUUGGCUCGAAGCUCAGAGCCGACACUAUGGCAUGGUGCUAGGACCCGCAGACAGUUAUUCGAGGGAUGAAUUACGAGAACUCUUCCGCAGAGAAUCUCUCAAACCUGAUUUCGACGAUAUCAAGAGACAAUAUCAGGCGUUUAUGCCAGGUCAGCUCGAAAAGAUGAAGGCGGACUGGGAAGCACAAUCCUCGGCCUACAAAGAGUCAUGCUUCUCCGGCCGUCGACAAGCAGACUUUGAUAAUUUAGCUACCUUGGAGGAGAAGCUCAAUUUUGACAUCGAUAUGUUCCUGGAAACUUAUUACAGUGAUCCAGAUAUCCUUCCAGAUCCCAUGCCCUUCCGCGGGAUCAACUUCGACGUCGUCAUGACAGCUAUAGAGCAAAUCAAGGGAUUGUACUGUCAAAAAGUAGGUAAUGAUUUUCAGAAGAUGCUUUGGGUUGGAUGGGAUAAAAAAGCCGUUAAGCAGGCGUGCAAGGAAUAUGCAACGCUGGCCAAAGAAAAUGCUGCCGUGCGGCGUCAAUUGAAAAAGCAGCAUACCAUCCUCGCACACGAGAAAAAGCUCGAGAAGAAGACGGCGUCGCGGUUACGACCUCACCAAGAGUACGUGGCUAAUGUUGUGCGCAACCGCGGACUCGAAGGCUCCUACAUAGUUGAGGCUACCCUUCUGGGAGUCCAACGCGAAGCUGGCAGCAGUUGGAUAGAGAUCAGGAAGACUAUGUUGAACAAUGUAUUUGAGGCGACUUUCAACUUCAUGCCUGCAGCCGAAGGCGUAAUAAUCCUUGCACAAAAUGCCGACGACAUUGAUAGGUAUAUCCGUUUAGUCGAACCAUUACGCAAAGUGCCAGCACCAGCGGUCGAAAGCAUUGAUAAGAGUUCGAGCGGGUGCCAGCCAGGUUCGAAGAGGAAGAGGGGGCCGAAUGAGAGUGUGGAACAAGGUAGAAUCGAUGGAAGCUCCCAAAUCCCCAAGCGCAUGCGGUCAGAUAUACCAGCGGUUCCCGAGGGAUGUACUAGAUACUAUACACAUUGGCGUGGCACUGUAGGUAUUGCUCCGACGUCUGUAGGUGCUACUAAAAUAUUGCGUGAAAAUGGAGAGGGCGAAAGCUGGAUCGAUUUCACGGAGGGCGAGAAAGCACAGUUCAUCGCCCAUCUACAGACCCCACUCAUGGCUGAAGUUAUUCACGGUUACAAAAUUCAGGACCGAAACAUGUAUGAAGCCACGAAAUGGGAAACUCGGCCUAAAGGAUCAAAGCACUAUUCGUGGGAAUGGAUAGUGUAGAAUAGGCGCCUUGUGACAUUAGAUAUGAAUACCCUUGUAGAAAUUGGAGUUUUAAUUUAACAUUAGUUGGUCCCAUCCCAUCGACCUAGACGGCGAAGUUUAUAGUUUCAUACGACGAUAGGUAU